AUGGGAGAGAAUGAUAUCCCCAAGCUUCAUGUGACAGCUACACCUGGCCUUGCUCUCUUUGAGGGUGGCGAUCUGUUGGAACUUGCCCGCACAUGGAAGAAUCAGAAGGAGGUCAACGUUGCUGGCAUCCACUUCAUCCAGGAGGACAGUGCAGCUGAGAUUGCCACGGCCAUUGAUGAUUGGCUUCUUGGAGAUGAAUUCUUGGGAAGCUUGGAAGUUGAUCCUGCUCUCCUCACUACUACUAGUACAUCCAAGACUGGUGGUUCUGAUGCCGGCACAGGUGGAAGUGUGUCCUCUGGUGCCCCUGUGUCUACUGGGGGGCGUUUUCUUGUUGCUCUUCGUUGUUACGUGGUAGAGAGCCCCUCACUUUGA